AAUUUUGAACAGAAAAUGCUGAUAAAAGGAGGAUCAUGGAUUCAAGAAGUAAAUGUAACUGAAAAGAAUUGGUAUCCUAGGCAGAAAAUAUGUUAUGCUAAGAGAAAGUUAGCAGGUGCCAAUCCAGCAGUGAUUACUUGUGCUGAGUUGUUGCUAGGCCAUGAGAGCUCACCUGCCUUUGGGAGUUACACAGCAGUAGCUCGGGGAAGCAAAGACCACAACAUUCGUGCACGAGAGCCAGAGAGUGGGCUUUCAGAAGAGACUCAAGUGAAGUGCUUGAUAGACCAGGCAACAGACCCCAAUAUUCUUGGCCGGACCUGGGAAGGAUGGGAACCUUGGAUAUAAGCUCUGUGGAGUCACCAGCUGUAAAGCAUUCCCUCUCCAAAGGAGUCUCUUAGACCUUCACUGACAGCAGUGAACUGGUAUUACUGAAGCACGAAAGAGAAGUCUACGGAGUAGUGCUGACAAGAUAACUCCGUGGGCAAAGGCGCUUGCUGCAAACCCGAAGGACGUGACUUUGACCCCUGGGACCCAUGUAGUAGGGGGAGAAAAGUGACUCCCAAAAGUUGUCCUCUGACCUCCACACAUCCACCAUGCCACUUGUACACACA